AUGAGCGCACGAGAGCACGUUGGCGAUGCGUUAGAGCUCAGCGAUGAUUCCGAUAUCGAAGUUCAUCCCAAUGUCGACAAGCGGUCCUUUAUCCGCGCGAAGCAGAACCAGAUCCACAUGGAACGCGAGCAGCGCAAGAACCAUAUCCUGACUUUGAAAUUUGAACGCUCAGUCAACGAUGGCCUGCUCAAGCGAAUCUCGGGUCUUCUUGCUGCCCUCAAGUCCCACGCGUCCGAUGCCCCGGCCUCAUCGUCCACCUCGCCUGUGCAACACGCCGCGCAAGUCGCUUUCAAAGCCGUCAUGGAAAGCGCGCCAAAGAAUCCCGAGGAUGACAAUCCUCCCCGAAACCGGAAGGCGUGCACCUCGGCGGCGAGCCCCUACCCACAUACUCCAAGAUGA